AUGGGUUUCCUGCUGUCUAAAUCUAUGGACCAGAACUUCAAGAAGCAGCAGGAGUUCAUGCUGCACAACGCACGGCUCCAGGUGAGACGCUGAUACAUAGUCUACCAAAGAUGCCAAUGAAUUUCCCCCUGUGAAAGGGUGGGAUAAUAAACUUGUACAGAUUAUACAGAGGAGUCUGAAUCAUCUCUACUGACACGUCGGUCAUACGUAUAUACCAGUACAAAGAUGUUAAAAUUAUAAAUAAUUAUGGUCAUUUUUCUGAGAAUAUUUACAUGAUCUAAGAUGUUAAAUGUCUCCCUAUGUCAUUUUCUGCUUGUAGGAGGCAGUGCCGCACAUAGCAGUGAAUACAGCCAAAAAAUAUAGCCUAUGAUGCCACACUUGUCAAUUAGACCAGUGGUUCCCAAACUGGGGGCCUGGGUGUCUCUACCUCCCCCCAAAGGAACUAAGUCCGGCUUUAAACUCAGUCCUGCUUUUUAAUUUCGAAAUUGGGUAGUGCAUCAUCAGUUUUCCUCUUGUCAUGUCAGUCAUUGCAUACCUUAGAGAGCUAUUUAUAACUUAUCAGAAAUGUCCAACUAGCUUAUGUCAGCUAACGUUUUUUAUCAAGUUUUUUUUAGCCCAUAGAUUUUGUUGUAAUGUUUGAGUCACUCAAAUAUCACAUGAUUACACAUAGCAAAAUUUAUAGAAUUUCAAGAAAAUGAGCUUUAGAACAGCAACAUUUUCUCUGCUGCCAUGACAAAAUGUGUAGAAUUGCAGGAAAUAAGCUAUAAACCUGCAACAUUUUCUCUCCGCCAACAAGAGGGGUGUGAACAGUUUGUGUCAUGAACAGUGCUUGUGCCCAUAGAAAUAGACAUGGGCGCGCAUGGGGGUCGAAAUGCUGGAAUGGGGGCCUGAGUGAAAAGGUUUGCGAACCCCUGAGUUAGACUACCUCAUCAUAUCUCACCAGUUGGAAGCCAAGGAGAUGAUUGAAGUUACCAUUAUGUAUGCCGAUGAAUUGAAAAACAUUUAGCUUGAUAUGCAGGUGCCUAUCUAUUAGAAGUGUGGUUCCAGCGCCAUAGAUGGAACAUUGGGUGGGCUUUUCAAAAUAAGGCAAUUUUAUAAAAUGUCUGAUUACAUUCCCAUGGGCUCAACAUUAGACUUCCCUGAAAUAGGGACUAUAGCAGUUUAUAAUCAGUUUAAUGUAUGAUGUGUUGUUUAGUUAAUUGAUUUCACAUAAUAGGCUACUCAACCACAUUUACCACUGAUUGCCCCCUAUUGACAUUAGAAAAGUGUAUAUGGCCCAAAGUGCUUACACCCUGGUCUGUAACGAAUGCAAAAGCCAGAACACAGAUUCAUAUAUAAACUUGUACAAUUUGUGGCCAUUAUCUCCGUAUCUUGGAAGAGGAAAGGGAUAGAAGUUUCAGGUGUGCCUGCCUACCCAGCCGGUAAAACUGGGCAAAACUGGUUGAAAUGACGUCAUUACAACGGUUGUAAUGGCGUCGUCUUAACCAGUUUUGCCAGGUUUCUGGUUGUAAAGAUGUCAUUUAAACAAGUUUUGCCCACUGGGUAGCACACAUUUUAUUUGUGCUCAGUAGUUUCCCCUAGAUUCUAGAAUAUCACAGCAACGCAGUCUCUAAGAUGAAGUGAGGUGCUUCCGUCCGUUCGGGGCUAGUUUAAGCAGGUUGUAAAACAACAAUUUUAUUGCCAUCGUUAAAGAGGUGGCUUUUUGCAACACGCUAAAAAGCUUUUUUUCCUUUUCCCAAAAGCUUGUAGCAGAACAAUGUCAUUAUCAGACAAGGGCCCAUAGGUGGUGACAGACUUAUUAACGCACACUGUAAAAUAUUGUUCUGUUUUUAACCACUUUCUCCCCACUUUUGCCUCCGCAAAUGUAAUAAAUAAUGACUAAUGAUGAUUGGUUGAUUCAUCCCAAAGUUUCCCAUAUUGAGUUUGGGGCUUCAGCAUAAUGCACUUGUUAAGGUCAUUUGGAUUACUCAGGCUCAGAGCCAAAUAUGUGUAGAUUUCUUUUUCUUGCAGGUUUUUUUUUCAUGAAAUUCAGGUAUUCUAUGAUGUUGCUUACAGACUUUAUGGCAUCUUUUAACUGUGUGUCUUUGUGAGAUGUGACAGCUGAGUAUAGGCCUACAUGUUCUGUAGAAGCUUGUCAUGUGUAAUGCACAAUUUGCUAUAUGCCAGACAUCAUCAUCAUCAUUGUAAAAUGUGGUGGGUACAUACUAUAACCCAUGCCAUUGUAUUAUCAUGUGCCUAAUACUCUGGCAACAUUACUGUGUCUAUAGAUGCAAAAAUGUUUUACAUUCUUAAAGGUAAUGUGAGGGCAUAAUCAAUUACCUAGAAAUAGAACAACAUUACUGUACUGUAGCCAUCUCCUUGUCUAUGUAAAUUACUAUCCGACACUUGGGAUGGUAAUGAAUGGAAUCGACCUGGCAAUUUUAAAAGGAUAGCUGGUGUAUCUAGCAUAUGCUUUCUCCCUCUCUCCUGCAUUAAGAUGUCAAACCUACGUCACUGCUCAUUGUAGUGGAAUCUCGAAAACGUUUUACGUUAUUGUCUAUGAUUUGAUUAUUAAAUGGUCCGUUUUUAUGGGUAUUUCGUGCAUGAUUGAAAGCUAUGACAUUUUUUAUUCAUCCACUAUCAAAAUAUGGAGAAAAAUAGCCCUCAAAUUAUAGGGGGGUGUGUGUGUUCUGAGGAAGGUGGAACAGCAUUGAAUCUAGAUUAUUAUUGCUCUCAUAAUUUAGUAUUUUAAGACAGUCAUUCACCCCCCCCCCCCCCCCCCCCCCCACACUGUCUUGUCUUUCACAAAGCUCAAAUUGUUUUCCUGCGUGUGACGAUAUGUUUGAUGAUAAAACCUUAUCACAAUCAAAAAGUUAGAUCUCCUAACUAGACUCAACACACAAAUAAAAGUUGCUAUAGAACCUUGUCUCAUUGUUUGAGGCCGGUUUUGAUUAUUUGAGAAGGUCUCUAUUGUCAGUUUUCCGUUUGGUUUACUGCUCGGGCAAGAACAUCCCUCCACACGGCCUUUAGGAAAUGUCAGUGAACUUCCUCCACAGAUUAAUAUCCACUUCAUCACCUCCAUACUCCUCCUCCCUAGACUUCCCCACGCCUCCUGACUUCCACUGCUUCCCGACCCCUAACCCCUAUCUGACUAUUCAGAACAGAUUCUGGGAAGGAACUGUGUCUAAGUGACGUCCGGCUCUACUAUGGGCCCUGGUAAAAAGUAGUGCACUAUAUAGGGAAUAGCCGUAUACCACCCUGCAUACCACUGCUGGCUUGCCUCUGAAGCUAAGCAGGGUUGGUCCUGGUCAGUCCCUCGAUGGGAGACCAGAUGCUGCUGGAAGUGGUGUUGGAGGGCCAGUAGUGGGCACUCUUCCCUCUGGUCUAAGGAGAUCCCAAUGCCCUAGGGCAGUGAAGGGGACAUUGCCCUGCGUAGGGUACCGUCUUUCGGGUGGGACGUUAAACGGGUGUCCUGACUGUCUGUGGUCACUAAAGAUCCCAUGGCACUUAUCGUAAGAGUAGGGGUGUUGACCCUGGUGUCCUGGCUAAAUUCCCAAACUGGCCCCAUCAUGGCCACCUAAUCAUCCCCCUAAUUUGUAAUUGACAUAUAUCACUCCUCACCUCUCCACCAGAUAGCUGAUGUGUGGUGAGCGUUCUGGCACAAAAAAGGUCGCCGUGCAUCACGUGCGGCACAUUGGUGGUGGAUGAGGUGAGUUUCCACCUUACUAUGUAAAGCGCUAGGAGUACCUCAGUUGGUAGAAAAGCGCUAUAUAAGUCCAAUCAACUAUUUAUUAUUAGGAUGCCAUUUGGGACACCGUCACUGGAUUACUCUUCACUUUUUACUCUGUGACCCGGCCUAAAGAGAGGCCUCCUGACUGGACCGGGGGAGGUGAUAUAUUCGGGCUGGAACCACCAAUGAGCUCCCCUCUUCUCACGUCACAAAACCUCCAUCACCUCCAUGCUCUAUUCAUGCUGCUGCCUUUCCAAUAAGGAGCAGCAACUCUGAGUUAAUAGCACUCAGUUAAUGGAGUUAAUGACACUCGGGCAAUCAGGCAGACAUGAUGCUUCCUGAGGACACAAUGCCUUUCAUGAUUGAUUGGUUAUGUGCCCUCUUCACAAUGGGUUGUGUGACUUUAAAAUCAAUUGAGUAAUGACUAAUGAGUCUCAAAUCGAGCCAAUCAGUCUCACUCUACCCAUCGACAUUUAGAUCACCACAAGAGAAACACUGGAUGAAACAUCACCAUGUGUUGUUUGCAGAAAUGUAAAGCUUUCCAUGUUUUUAUGAAAUUCCAUUUGAAAUCUCGGAAUCUAACAAUUGUCUGGACUAGAUUAGGCCUAAGCCUAGUCCUAGACUAAAAAGCACUUUCAAUGGAGAUCGCCAUUGAGCUUGUUUUUUAACCACGCCUAAAUGUUCAGACAAUCAGUCAGUGAUUUUUUUUUAAUGAUAUGUUCUUUACCAUGUUGUCUAGUGCGCCGUCAAUUCAGGCCCACUUCCGAUUUCAAUAUUCAAUGUGUUGCCACAAAUGACCAAAAAAUAUAAUUGUCAUGAAAAUCAUCGUCACAUGACAUACUAUAAUUUAUGUCAUUUUUACAGUGGGGUCCGAAAUUAUUGACACCCUUGAUAAAAAUGAGCAAAACUGUAUAAAAUACUAAUACUGAGCUCUAUUGUAUGCUCACAUUUUUAAAAAUUAUAUUAUUUUAUACUAAUACAAUUGCUCAGAGAAAGAGAUUUUGUUAAACAAGUAAUAUUUUCAAAUGAUUGACAGUUUUACUUGGCUCAUCGUGCUCUAGCGACUCCUUGUGGCGGGCCGGGCGCCUGCAGGCUGACCUCGGUUGUCAGUUGAACAGUGUUUCCGCUGACAUAUUGGUGCGGCUGGCUUCCAGGUUAAGCGAGCGGGUGUUAAGAAGCGUGGCUUGGUGGGUCAUGUUUCGGAGAACGCAUGACUCAACUUUCGCCUCUCCCGAGCCCGUUGGGGAGUUGCAGCGAUGAGACAAGAUCGUAAUCACGAAAUUGGGGAGAAAAAGGAGGUAGAAAUUACUAAAAUAAAAUAGGUAUGGAUUAGUUAGACCAUUCCUGGCGAACAAGCAAACCAUUAGGCUACAGUAGUUCUAAUGGUUUCAAUGUUAUGUUCUUUAAUGGUAAAAGUCCCAAACUGUUAUGGUAUUGGGUUGGGUAUAAUGGUAAAUGUCACUAAUCACACUACAUAUAGAGAUGUUUUCAAAUAAUUUGAUUGAAAAACAUAAUAUGACUGCCAUGCAAUGGUUUAUAAUUGAAUUAUUUUAUUAUGGUUGUCACAACCUUUUAGUCACUAGCCCAUUUUUCCAUCAACGUUUUGGAAAAGUCUUCAUAUGAGAAUUGCAACAUACGGAUAGCCCCCUCUACCAUUUGUUGGACUAUUCAAGGAGAGUUGGGUUGAAGGAAUCAUUAGGUUGCUAAGAGAAGGACAAACUGAAUUGCUUUCAUGGAGGACUGGCUUGACCACAAAAUUGACCACACAAUGUAUUUUCAUUAUGUGUAAAAGCUAUUUUACUAUACCCAAACUUGCAAAGAAAAUGUCAUCCAUUUAAUAAACACAAGAGACCAGCAAAAUAGAUGGUGUGGUGGCGGUACCAGGAACAAUGGCAUCUAGUGGGUAAAACCUAGAUGCCUAAUUUAUGUUACAUAAUGCAAGGGACUUCAAUGGCUAACUGCUCUAAACAGGGGGGGGAAUGCAUUACAAAGGAUGAAGAAGCAAUAUUCAAAACCGCAUCUUUAUACUACUAAACAUAGAGAACUGAGAUUGGCGUGGGGUCUGUGGAUGGCUUUUGACCAUUUUAUUGGAUUCCUCAUGUCUUACUCAUUGUUAGGAAGAAUUAUGGUCCAAAUCAGAUGUUAGGUACUAUAUUUAUUAAAGAUCAUAUGAAUCCUAUUAAUGAAAAUGGCCAAUUUCGGUGCAAUCAAUUAGCUUAAUUGAUCAGAGAUGAAAUUCAAUUUCAACAAAAUAAUGUUUCAGGAAUGCUAAUCUUAUCUGUUUCUAACUACAGGAACUAUCUGAGAUGGUUGGUGUCAUGGCUUGCUGAAACAACAUGGAACGACCCAUGGAGAACACAUUGGGAGGGAUCUUAGAUCAUUCCUCCAUACAUAAUCCUUCCAGAUCCUUGAUAUCCUUUGUCUGCGCUUAUUGACUGCCCUCUUCAAUUCAAACUACAGGUUUUCAAUGGAUUUCAAGUCCGGAGACAUGGCAAAAUGUUGAUUUUUGUGGCCAAUUAACCAUUUCUUUGUGGAGUUUUGAUGCAUUGGCACUUAAAUUGGAACCGGUGCUUUGUCAGAUGGGUUUGGCGUCGAAGUGAGAUUGCAUGAGCAGAAAUGUAACACCAUACCUACUGUAAAAUAUGGUAGUGGAUCUUUGAUGUUAUGGGGCUAUUUUGCUUCCACUGGUCCAAGGGCCUUGUUUAGGUCAACGGCAUCUUGAACUUUACCCAGUAACAAGACAUUUUUGUCAAAAACCUGGUUGCCUCUUCCAGAAGGCUGAUACUUGACCCCAAGUGGAUCUUCCAGCAAGACAAUAACCCCAAGCACACAUCAAAAUCCUCCAAAAAAUGGUUAAUUGGCCACACAUUCUUUUUUUGCAAUGGCCGUCUGUCUCCGAAACAAAUUGAAAACCUGUGGUUUAAAUUGAAGGAUCUGGAAGGAUUAUGUAUGGAGGAAUGGUCUAAGAUCCCUCCCAAUGUGAUCUCCAACUCAGUAUUUUGACCCCUAUCUUUUUGAGAAAAAAAAGUAUCACUUGUUAAACAAAAUCUCUUUCUCUGAGCAAAUGUAUUAGUAUAAAAUAAUAUAAUCCCCAAACCCCCCCCCCCCCCCCAUUUUUUUUUUUGCAUACAAAAAGCUCAGUAUUUUAAUUAUUUAUUUAAUACAGUCUUUUUUGCUCAUCUUUAUCAAGGGUGUCAAUAAUUUCGAACCCCUGUAUACAGUGCCUGAAGAAAGUAUCCACACCCCUUGACUUUCUCCACAUUUUGUUGUGUUACAGCCUGAAUUUAAAAUUGAUUAAAUUGAGAUUUUGUGUCGCUGGUCUACACACAAUACUCCAUAAUGUCAAAGUGGAAUUAUGUUUUUAGACAUUUGUACAAAUUAAUAGAAAAUGAAAAGAUGAAAUGUAUUGUAUUCAACCCCUUUAUUAUGGCAAGCCUAAAUAAGUUCAGGAGUAAACAUUUACUUCACAAGUCACAUAAGUUGCAUGGACUCACUCUGUGUGCAAUAAUAGUGUAUAAGAUGGUUUUUGAAUGACUAUGAAUCAUCUCUGUAACCCACAUAUACAAUUAUCUAUAGUCGAGCAGUGAAUUUCAAACACAGAUUCAACCACAAAGACCAGGGAGAUUUUCCAAUGCCUUGCAAGGAAGGGCACCUAUUGGCAGAUAAAAACAAAAAACAGACAUUGAAUAUCCCUUUGAGCAUGGUGAAGUUAUUAAUUACACUUUGGAUGGUGUAUCAAUACACCCAGUCACUACAAAGAUACAUGCGUCCUUCCUAACUCAGUUGUCGGAGUGGAAGGAAACCGCUCAGGGAUUUCACCAUGAGGCCAAUGGUGAUUUUAAAACAGUUAUAGACUUUAAUGGCUGUGAAAGGAGAAAACUGAGGAUGGAUCAACAACAUUGUAGUUACUCCACAAUACUAACCUAAAUGACCGAGUGAAAAGAAGGAAGCCUGUACAGAAUACAAAUAUUCCAAAACAAGCAUCCUGUUUGCAAUAAGACACUAAAGUAAAACUGCAAAAAAUAUGGCAAAGAAAUUAAUUUUUAUGUCCUGAAUAUAAAGCGUUGUGUACUACUCUUCAUAUUUUCAAGCAUGGUGGUGGCUGCAUCAUGUUAUGGGUAUGCUUGUCAUCGACAUGGACUAGGGAGUUUUUUAUAAUAAAAUAAACGGAAUAGAGCUAAGCACAGGCAAAAUCCUAGAGUAAAACCUGGUUCAGUCUGCUUUGUCGGUGUGGGAGAAUGCUCUCAUUAGAGUCUGUUUCUGUCACUAACGAUGAACUGGAUAUCCUUCGUAUUCAUGCUCUGUUCUUUCACCUUUCAGCAGGACAAUAACCUAAAACACAAGGCCAAACAUACAAUGGAGUUGCUUACCAGGAUAACAUCAAAUGUUCCUGAGUGACCUAGUUACAGUUUUGACUUAAAUCUGCUUGAAAAUGGCUGUCUAGCAAUGAUCAACAACCAACUUGACAAAGCUUGAAGAAUUUUAAUAAUAAUGUGCAAAUAUUGUACAAUGCAGAUGUGCAAAGCUCUUAGAGACUUACUCAAAGGACACACAGCUGUAAUUGCUGCCAAAGGUUAUUCUAACAUGUAUUGACUCAGGGGUGUGAAAACGUAUGUAAAUAAGAUAUUUCUGUAUUGAAUUUUCAAUACAUUUGCUAACAUUUCUAAAAAGAUGUAUUCACUUUGUUAUUAUGGGGUAUUGUGUGCAGAUGGGUGAGAAAAAACAUAUUUAUUUAAUCCAAAUGUGGAGUAAGUCAAGGGGUAUGAAUACUUUCUCAAGGCACUGUAUGCAUAGUUGAAUGUCAUUUGCAUCUUUUUGUAUUUUCCAACCUAAUCAACCACCAGCCUCACAAUCUACAGUAUCUACAUAUUUCAUAAAGCAAGUUUAAUCUUUUGACACAUGACCUUUAGGAAAUAAAGAGCUUUCAUACAAAACACCAUUAAUUCUGUAUUCUCUUCUCCUAAUGAUAAUGGCGGCAUAGAGGAUUGUGACUGUCUUUGCAGAAAACAGGAAACAGCGUAGACAAAAAGCCUAAUUGACCCACCAGAGAGUUCACCUUGGAAUAAAAGUGUGACGGAGCUAGGGGUCGAGUGAUCCCGUCAUCAGUGCGUAUGUCUCAGAACUGAAUCAACAGAGUCUGACUAUCCUCAAAGGAUGUGAGGAAAAUGUGUUUAAAGGCCGACUGUGAUAUUAAUAGCCAUUUUUUAAGAAGUCUGUUUUAAUAUUCACACAGGUGACUAGACAAAAUAGCAAGCUUUCUCAUCCACCCUGAAUGUGUCUCAUAGCCUUUAUCAUAUCCUGAAUGACGGAUGCACUUACAGUGCAUUCGGAAAGUAUUCAAACCCCUUCCCUUUUCCCACAUUUUGGCACAGGUCUGGGAAGGGUACCAAUACAUUUCUGUAGCAUUGAAGGUCCCCAAGAACACAGUGGCCUCCAUCAUUCUUAAAUUGUAGAAGUUUGGAACCACCAAGACUCUUCCUAGAGCUGGCCGCCCGGCCAAACUGAGCAAUCGGGGAGAAUAGCCUUGGUCAGGGAGGUGACCAAGAACCCGAUGGUCAUUCUAACAGAGCUCCAGAGUUCCUCUGUGGAGAUGGGAGAACCUUCCAGAAGGACAACCAUCUCUGCAGCACUCCACCAAUCAGGUCUUUAUGGUAGAGUGGCCAGACGGAAGCCACUCCUCAGUAAAAGGCACAUGACAGCCCGCUUGGAGUUUGCCAAAAGGCACCUAAAGGACUCUGAUCAUGAGAAACAAGAUUCUCUGGUCUGAUGAAACCAAGAUUGAACUCUUUGGCCUGAAUGCUAAGCGUCACAUCUGGAGGAAACCUGGCACCAUCCCUACGGUUAAUAGUGGUGGCAGCAUCAUGCUGUGGGGAUGUUUUUCUGCGGCAGGGACUAGUCAGGAUUUGAGGGAAAGAUGAACGGUGCAAAGUACAGAGAGAUCCUUGAUGAAAACCUGCUCCAGAACGAAGGUUCACCUUCCAACAGGACAACGACCCUAAGCACACAGCCAAGACAACGCAGGAGUGGCUUCAGGGCAAUGUCCUUGAGUGGCCCAGCCAGAGCCCGGACUUGAACCCGAUCGAACAUCUCUGGAGAGACCUGAAAAUAGCUGUGCAGCGACUCUCCCCAUCCAACCUAACGGAGCUUGAGAGGAUCUGCAGAGAAGAAUGGGAGAAACUCCCCAAAUACAGGUGUGGCAAUCUUGUAGCGUCAUACCCAAGAAGACUCGAGGCUGUAAUCGCUGCCAAAGGUGCUUCAACAAAGUACUGAGUAAAGGGUCAGAAUACUUAUGUAAAUGUGAUAUUUCAGUUUUUUGUUUUUAAUAAAUGUGCACUAAAAAAAAUAAAACCUGUUUUUGCUUUGUCAUUAUAGGGUAUUGUGUGUAGAUUGAUGAGGGAAAAAAACAAUUGUAUCCAUUUUAGAAUGUGGAAAAAGUCAAGGGGUCUGAAUACUUUCCGAAUGCACUGUAGUGUCCCGUCUCAUAAUAAAAUUAUGAUGGUGAUGAUAAUUACUUACAAAAAUGUGACUGUUGGUGGUGAGUGACUCCACCCCUUCUCUGACUCCCAGCUAUUCCCUUGUUAUUGCGUCUAUUGUCAGGGAGGCACAAUGCCCCGUAGGUAAAGUCACACCAGUAGAGCCACAGUGUGCAUAAAUGUUUCUCCAUACCUUUCUUUCUUCCUUUCAUUCAUGCACAUUCUCCUCUCUUGAUACAACAGUUUGAACAUCACUCUGAGAUCUGUGUUGAAGAGAUGUAUACAUUAGCAAUAGUCUAUUCAUUUACAGGGUCUGUACCUUGAGAUCAAAGUUUUGCAGCAGCAGAAAGACAAAUUACAACCAAAAAUAUGUAUUCUUAGCAACCACACAUUUUUUGGUUGUAAUUUGGCUCUCUGUUGCUGUAAAACUUACUUUUACGUCAUAAUGACGUCAUUGCAGCCAGUUUUGCCUGCUCAGUUCUGCUUCUUAACAAAACGUAUUUUUACUGAGUGUAACGUCAUAAUGACGUCAUUGCAACCAGUUUUGCCCGCUAAGAUGUGUUCUCUUAGCUCUGACAGGGUGUGUUUCUGACCUUCCUGCCCGACCCCAGAUGGAGAGACAGAUCCUGAUGCAGAAUCAGAUGAGAGAGAGACAGAUGGCCAUGCAGAUAGCCUGGUCCAGGGAGUUCCUCAAAUACUACGGCACCUUCUUCAGCCUGGCUGCACUAGGCCUCACUAUCGGGUGGGUUCUCCGUAGUGUUAACUAG